CUAUCUAGGCAGCUCAGAAGGUUUCGAACCGCCGCCGCCGUGUUGAAGUCUUCGCUGUCCUCUUCUGGAUUCAGUCUGAUUUCCAGGGAGGAGCUGCAACUCUUGGGAAGAUCGAGAGACUUUGGCGCAAGACAACAGCAGGACUGAAGGAGAGUUAAUUAUGGAUCCAGCAUCUCGCCCAGAACAACCAUCAGCUGUUAAUGAACAGGUGCUGACCUCAUCGGGCAGAUCCGUGACUGGAGCUGUUUGUCUACGCCGCUUCCUCUGUUAUGGCUCUGAAACCAGCACAUACAACACUAAAGAGCAUCCACUGGGUAUCGAGAAUGCCCUGUCCCUGAUGCAGUUCAUCGAGGGUGGACGGGGCUGUGAGGUGGUAGAGGAGAUCAAACGCUUGAAUUCGGAGGGCCACACCGUCCGGCCCAACCCCAGCCUGUUUGCCCUGGCCGUCUGUUCGCAGCAUGCUGAAUGCAAGACCAGGCAGUGCGCUUUACGGGCUGUGAAGGAACUGUGUCGUACGCCUGCACGUCUCUUCACAUUUGUACAGUAUAAGAAGGAGCUGAAAGAGGGCUCUGGGAUGUGGGGUCGAGCUCUCCGCAGGGCUGUGACGGAUUGGUACAACAGCCAGGAUGGUUUGAGCUUGGCACAGGCUGUGACCAAGUGCAACCACAGGGCAGGCUGGUCCCACCAGGACCUCCUCAGGCUGUCCCACAUGAAGCCGACCAAUGACACGGUGGCCCUUGUUUGCAAAUACAUGACGAAAGGCUGGAAAGGAGUCCUGGAAGUGUAUGGUGAUAAAGAGAAGUCUGAGGAUGUGCAGAAGGUUUUUGCGUAUCUGGAGGCUGUGGAGAAAGCCAAGCACUCGACUGAUGAGCUGGCGAUCAUUCAUCUUAUAGAGGAGCAUCAGCUAGAGAAAGAGCAGAUUCUAACCAACCACCUGAAGUCUAAAGAGGUAUGGAACGCUUUGCUGAAAGAGAUGCCUGUGGUUGUUCUGAUGAGGCAUUUGGGCAGGUUGACAGCAGACAAAUUUCUAUCACCAGGAAGUCCGGAUGUUGCAGCUAUUUGUGAGAGGAUUCAGGAUGAGACGGCUCUGAAGAAGGCAAAAACACACCCGUUUAACAUUCUUGUGGUGUCUGAAAACUAUAAGCGAGGUCAUGGGAAGCGUGGCAAACUGAAAUGGGAGCCAGACUGUGACGUCGUUCAAUCCCUGGACUUUGCCUUCCACAAAAGUAUUUCGAAUGUGGAAUCCACUGGCAAGCGGUUUCUGGUGGCGGUUGAUGUAAGUUCUUCUCUGAGUAGUGUGGCCCACGGCAGCUCCAUCAGCACUGUGGCAGUUGCAGCAGCAAUGUGCAUGGUACUUGCACAAACGGAGCCAGACACACAGGUUGUGGUCUUCUCUGAAGGAGCUGUGGUUCCCUGUGCCAUUUCUUCUGAUAUGACUCUAAUGCAGGCAGCAGCGCAGCUCAUCCAGUCUCCUGGUGGCAGUACAGACAGCGCCUUACCCAUCACCUGGGCCUCAGAGAACGAUAAAACUGUGGAUGUCUUCAUCAUUUUCACUAAUAAUCAAACCUUUGGGAGGGAAAAUACAGCAGAGACACUUCAGACAUAUAGACAAAAAAGUGGCACAUUUUCCAAAUUAAUUGUGUGCUGGAUGAUCGGCAGUUCUCUGGCCAUUGCCGACCCUGAAGACUGCGGCAUACUGGACAUCUGUGGCUUUGACUCUCGGGCUGUUGACGUCAUCCGUAACUUUGUACUUGAUGUCAUUUAAAAUGUUUUGUUUGUAACAUGCAGCACUUUCUCAAAGGAAGGAAGAGGCGGCAUCUUUGCACCGCACUAAGAGAGAACAUGCAAAAAACCCAUUUCUUACAAUUUAAUGUGGUAAUCAUGUCAAAUGUUUCUGCAGUUUGGAAAGAAGUCAAAGUCUAAUUCAGUAUCCAGCAGGCUGGAUUAGUUUCGUGGAAAUCAUGGAGAGCAAAUAAAUGGCAUUACAUUUGUUUUUACUGAUCUUAUUUCAGUAUACAAUUCUGUUCAUGUAUGUAUGUUUAUUAUUAUUAUUAUUAUUAUUAUUAACCUGGUCCAAUGAAAUAUUUGCUUUUCCCAAGAACAUAGCCAAGCUGGAGUUCAUGUCAAAUAGACUUUUUCAAGUACUGGCUUCUUAAUUUGAUCAAGUUAAAAAAGCUAAUUAUGUCACGGACCUUCAUUGGAUGUGUUGUUGUGUUGUAUAUUUAGAGGCCUUACUCAUUAUGUAAAAUGUGUUUUCUUUAUUCAUGUCCUGAUUUCUUGUCUGUAUAACUGGGAUGUUGUCAGACAUUGAAAUUAAUGGAAAAGUUAACCUAAAAUGUUUAAUUCUGUCAUAAUUUAGUCACCCUCAUGUUGUUCCAAACCUGAAUGACAUUAUGUUUUCUGUGGAACAUAAAAGGACAUGUUUGGUAGAAUGAUAGCCUCAGUCACCUUUCACGUUGUAUUGUGAGUAAAUGAUCAUAGAAUAGUCAUUUAAGGGUGAACAGUCCCUUUAAAGUGCAGCAUAGGUCUUCCAAAAAAAAACUAGAUUGAUGAGAUAUAAAACUUAAAUGAAGAAAAAGAAAAAAAACUUCAAACUUAACUCACAAAGUUACCAAAUGUAAUAAAAUCAACAUUAAA